AUGGCGAUCGCGCGCGCGGUGGAACUCGGUGUCGCCGUCGCGGGCGUCUUCGCCGCGUUCGGCGCGUUCGCGGUCGCGCAGGAGGACGUGUACAAGCGAACGUACGGCGAUGGGAGAUUCGCGGCGACGUUUUUCGUCCUGGCGUGCGAGCGCGCGGUGAACUGCGCGUUCGCGCUCUUGGGAUUGAUUCUCGUCGGUGGAUCAGGAGUCGUCGUCCCUCGCAGAGACGUGCUGAGUAGUGGGGCGUCACAGAUGCUCGCGAUGGCGGCGAGCAACGAGGCGCUGCGAUACGUCUCGUACCCGACGCAAGUGCUCGGAAAGUCGUGCAAAAUGGUCCCGGUCGUCGUCGGGGGGCUGGUUCUCGGUGGAAGGACGUUCACGGCGUCGCAGUACAUGAGCACGGCGUUUAUCACGAUCGGGGUGGUGGUGUUUAACUUGGGGGCGGACGCGAGGAGGGCGAGCGGCGUCGACAGCGCGUACGGACUUACCCUGAUUGGAGUGUCGCUGGUCAUGGACGCCAUCACGGGAGGCUUGCAAGAUCGCGUGAAGAGAUCGACGAAAGCGCUGAAUCAGGGGCGGGCGAACGCGAGACCGAGCGUGUACGAGAGCAUGCUGUACACCAAUCUGAGCGGCGCCGUGGUCGCCGUUGGCUUCGCGCUCGUCACCAGACAGAUGGAGACCGGUUUACGCGCGUGCCUUGAGCACGCCGAACUCGCCCGUGCUGUGCUCGUGUACUCGUUUGCGAGUGCCAUCGGCCAGAACUUCAUAUAUUACACCAUCACCAAUUUUGACGUUCUCGUGCUCACAACGGUGACGACAACGCGCAAAAUUUUCUCCACAGUGUACUCCGUGUUCAGGGAUCCUAGCAACGAAUUGAACCGGACGCAGUGGUUUGGAUGCAGCUUGGUGUUCACAUUCCUCGCCCUCGACGCGGUGACGUCGUCUCUUCGCUCGGGUGUCGCGCGUAAGACGGCCGACGUCACAAAGUCGGCUCCGUCCAAGUCUCAAAAAGCGCUCGACAGCGCCUCCAGCACGACCAUUCGUCGUCGUUCCGCGCGUCGAGCGUCCUAG